AUGCCGGACUCGACGCCACACUCGACGCCAAAGCGCAAACAUACCCAGUUCUCAAGCGACGGGUCUUCUCAAGAUCCCCACACAGCCAAGUUCUCUUUCGAAGUCCCCAGUGACGACGUCGACGACGGCAAUGGAAGCCCGCGAACCAAGGUCGCCCACAAGUUCAAAGGCCUGGCGCUCGAGGGCGGGGGCGGGGUAAACAACGACCUUGCCAGGUACGGCUCGCCGCCGUCGCCUACACCCAGUGGCGAGGCUAUGGACGUCGACACGGGGGUGCGCAAGCGAAUACGACUUCCGGAGGAUGUUGAUACCGCUGCCCCGGCAAACCCGACUCAAACACCUGCCGCAGCUUCAGAGCCCGCUGCUGCCGAAGCGUCCAAGGGGGAGUGGGCGACCAGCCUGCAGGCGGACGUCGACCCCGCCAUUGUGCGACCGCUGAAGAACAUCGGCAGGCUCGAAAAGUCCUACCCUUCCAUAAACAGACUCUCGGAGUCCAAGUCCCGGCGGAAACGUGCAGGGACUCCGCCCCUGGUGGGGACGACAACCAAGGCCGGCUUGGCCGAUCAAGAGGGCGACCCCGAGGCCGAGAUAGUCGAGCCGGUCCGGGCCUCACUUACCUGGCACGAGGACGAGAUCACGGUAUACGACCCCGACGACGAAGACGAUGACGGCACCGGUAUCAACGGCAUCGGGUUCAAGCCCACGGCCGCCAUCGCCUACGCGAGAACCAUGAAACGGAAGCAGCAGCUGGCAGAGUACAAGAAGCGCGAGGAGCGGGAGGCGCGGGCCAAGAGGAGCCAGAGGAGGAGAGGCAGCCCAGAACUUGAAACGGCGCGACCGCCGCAAAGGGACGAGCCUGGAUCUCCGCGCAAGGUGCGAUUUAUGGAAUUCGAACCUACCUCGGCGGUAACGACAUGA